AUGGAUAAUACUUUUAAACUCUUUCGAAAGCCUCUUCAAGUUCGUAGUCAGACAGAAAUCUUACGAACAAGCUAUAUAGAAUCUGAAGAUGAUUCCCCAUCUCAGAAACCAAAAGGAAUUUGAACCAAAAUGCAAAAUAGUGCUCGCUUAAAACUCCUUGCGGCAGGGUUUUUAAAAAGUGCUUUCCCUUCUCAAAAUUUAAAAAAGCCCGAUCAAAUCCCUCACAUCAAAUAUCGAAAUAGUGUGUUUUUUCCCGAAGGGACACAAAUUCUACUAGGAAUCUGUCAAAGCCAAGACUUUAAUAAUCCUUUUCCUGAUGAAAAAACUGAAAAGAUUAGGCAAAGCUUUAAUCCUGCAUUUAUAGAAAUGAUAUGUAAAACGAAUAUAAGGAGAAGUAAAAGUAAAUUGAGCAAGGUUUGGAAUGAGGAUGAGGAGGAAAGAGAGUUUCUGACGGAAAGGGAAAAAGUCAUUAUAAGGAGUUAGAAUAAAUAUAAAAGAAAUAUUUACAUAAAAAAACUAUUCUUGAGCGGCAGGUUUAAAUAAUUUUGGUAUAGCUGUAUAACUGGCACAAAAACGCUUAAGCCAGAGGCCCAACCUAAUGAUACAUCAGAAACAAAUAAUAGUGAUAAAGAAUCACUUCAAACACAAAAAGCAAAAAAAAUAUCAAUCCGAUAUAAAAAUACAAAAAAAGAAAAUAAUCCAUCACUAAUAAACCAGCUAAAUCCUAUUUCUUUGAAAGCAACCCCUUCUCCUCAUUUCCCCAUGAUUAAUCAAUCAUCAAAACGAGUUCUGCAUAAAUCACUCAGUUCAAUCAACAAUUUAAAUGUUAAUAUAAAGCCAAAGAAGAAGCAGCCUGCAAAAGUCCGAGGAGCAAGGCCAUACCAUUCUCCCUAUGAAAAUAUUUUAAUCCCAAUAACAACUCCAAAAAAUUAA